GGGAAGGGUUUGACUGUGACACAGCGGCCGCCAUCUUGGCAGUGAGACAGCAGCGAUUCAGCUCAGGAGGGAAAUGCUGCAUUCGUACGAAUACAUGGGGGAGUAUCAGCACUUGGGGCCCGCGCAGCAUCGCUUCUCCCCUUACACCUUCAAUGGAGGAACUGUGUUGGCCUUAGCUGGCGAAGACUUUUCCAUUGUCGCUUCAGAUACACGACUGAGUGAGGGUUACUCCAUUCACAGCCGGGAUUCAUCAAAAUGCUACAAAUUGACAGACCAAACAGUGAUUGGAUGCACUGGAUUCCAUGGGGACUGCCUUACGCUAACAAAAAUUAUUGAUGCAAGAUUAAAGAUGUACAAACAUUCAAACAAUAAGACAAUGACAAGUGGGGCAAUAGCAGCAAUGCUCUCUACAAUUCUGUACUCUCGACGCUUUUUCCCUUAUUUUGUUUACAACAUCAUUGGUGGCCUUGAUGAGGAAGGUAAGGGUGCAGUGUACAGCUUUGACCCUGUGGGAUCCUAUCAGAGAGAUGCGUACAAAGCUGGCGGUUCGGCCAGUGCCAUGUUGCAGCCACUCCUAGACAACCAGAUUGGAUUCAAGAACAUGGAGAAUGUGGAACAUGUCCCUCUUACACAGGAAAAAGCUCUGGAGCUGGUAAAAGACGUUUUCAUCUCUGCAGCCGAGAGAGAUGUUUACACCGGUGACUCUCUGAAGAUUUGCAUCGUCACAAAAGAUGGAAUGAGAGAGGAAACACUGCCUCUUCGGAAAGAUUAAGACCAAAAACCGUUCCUGUUCAGAACAAGCUUAUUGUCGAUUUGAAGUAGCCGUUUUCCUUUCACACCAGUGAUGUACCUGUGCUGGCAAAUCCUUUUUGUAUGUUGUCUUCUAAUAUACUUAAGAAAUAAACUUUCACGCCGGUAA